GACAAUAUAAGUCCUGUCUUUCUGUAUUCAUUUCUUACUGCCUGGCGGCAUUAAUUUCUUCCUGCGACUGCCUUCAUUUCUUCCUGUCUGAAUGCAUUCAUAUCUUCCUGUCUGACUGCAAUCAUUUGUCCCUGUCUGACUGCAUUCAUUUCUCCCUGUCUUACUGCAUUCAUUUCAUUGUCUGGUGUGUAGAGAUUGUCUGGUGUGUAGAGAGUGUCUGGUGUGUAGAGAGUGUCUCGUGUGUAGAGAUUGUCUGGUGUGUAGAGAUUGUCUGGUGUGUAGAGAUUGUCUGGUGUGUAGAGAUUGUCUGGUGUGUAGAGAUUGUCUGGUGUGUAGAGAGUGUCUGGUGUGUAGAGAUUGUCUGGUGUGUAGAGAGUGUCUGGUGUGUAGAGAGUGUCUGGUGUGUAGAGAUUGUCUGGUGUGUAGAGAUUGUCUGGUGUGUAGAGAGUGUCUCGUGUGUAGAGAUUGUCUGGUGUGUAGAGAUUGUCUGGUGUGUAGAGAUUGUCUGGUGUGUAGAGAUUGUCGGGUGUGUAGAGAUUGUCUGGUGUGUAGAGAUUGUCUGGUGUGUAGAGAUUGUCUGGUGUGUAGAGAUUGUCUGGUGUGUAGAGAUUGACUGGUGUGUAGAGAUUGUCUGGUGUGUAGAGAGUGUCUCGUGUGUAGAGAUUGUCUGGUGUGUAGAGAUUGUCUGGUGUGUAGAGAUUGUCUGGUGUGUAGAGAUUGUCUGGUGUGUAGAGAUUGUCUGGUGUGUAGAGAUUGUCUGGUGUGUAGAGAUUAUCUGGUGUGUAGAGAGUGUCUGGUGUGUAGAGAGUGUCUGGUGUGUAGAGAUUGUCUGGUGUGUAGAGAUUGUCUGGUGUGUAGAGAUUGUCUGGUGUGUAGAGAUUGUCUGGUGUGUAGAGAUUGUCUGGUGUGUAGAGAUUGUCUGGUGUGUAGAGAGUGUCUGGUGUGUAGAGAUUGUCUGGUGUGUAGAGAGUGUCUGGUGUGUAGAGAGUGUCUGGUGUGUAGAGAUUGUCUGGUGUGUAGAGAUUGUCUGGUGUGUAGAGAGUGUCUCGUGUGUAGAGAUUGUCUGGUGUGUAGAGAUUGUCUGGUGUGUAGAGAUUGUCUGGUGUGUAGAGAUUGUCUGGUGUGUAGAGAUUGUCUGGUGUGUAGAGAGUGUCUCGUGUGUAGAGAUUGUCUGGUGUGUAGAGAUUGUCUGGUGUGUAGAGAUUGUCUCGUGUGUAGAGAUUGUCUGGUGUGUAGAGAUUGUCUGGUGUGUAAAGAUUGUCUGGUGUGUAGAUAUUGUCUGGUGUGUAGAGAUUGUCUGGUGUGUAGAGAGUGUCUGGUGUGUAGAGAGUGUCUGGUGUGUAGAGAUUGUCUGGUGUGUAGAGAUUGUCUGGUGUGUAGAGAGUGUCUCGUGUGUAGAGAUUGUCUGGUGUGUAGAGAUUGUCUGGUGUGUAGAGAUUGUCUGGUGUGUAGAGAUUGUCUGGUGUGUAGAGAUUGUCUGGUGUGUAGAGAUUGUCUGGUGUGUAGAGAUUGUCUCGUGUGUAGAGAUUGUCUGGUGUGUAGAGAUUGUCUGGUGUGUAGAGAUUGUCUGGUGUGUAGAGAUUGUCUGGUGUGUAGAGAUUGUCUGGUGUGUACAGAUUGUCUGGUGUGUAGAGAUUGUCUGGUGUGUAGAGAUUGUCUGGUGUGUAGAGAUUGUCUGGUGUGUAGAGAUUGUCUGGUGUGUAGAGAUUGUCUGGUGUGUAGAGAUUGUCUGGUGUGUAGAGAUUGUCUGGUGUGUAGAGAUUGUCUGGUGUGUAGAGAUUGUCUGGUGUGUAGAGAUUGUCUGGUGUGUAGAGAGUGUCUGGUGUGUAGAGAUUGAGAGUAGUGAGUGUCUGGUGUGUAGAGAUUGUCUGGUGUGUAGAGAUUGUCUGGUGUGUAGAGAGUGUCUGGUGUGUAGAGAUUGA